AUGGUCCAGAACGUGCCCUCCUUGAAGGGUAGGGGCGACGACCACAGCCACACCCCUUGGAAGUGCAGCGUGCGCACCAAAUUGUCGAACAAGUUCAAACUAGUGAAGGAAAAUGGGAAGGGUUUUUGGAUAAUGAAGCCCUAUACGUCAAAAUCCGCCCGUCGCAGAGGCGGCCGUUCGAAGCCCACGUCCAGUCGGUCCAGUUCCAGCAGUAGCGUUAGAGAGGAUCUAGACCUAAGAUUCCCGGACAGUCCCUUGUCGUCCGGCGAGUACGGCCGUUUAACGACAGGUCGUAACAACGAUAGAAAUCGGGACGACAGGUUCAGAGAUGCUCCGAGGCUUUCGCCGCAGGGAGGCGAAAAGCAAAAUAUGACCGCGCCUACCGGCGCAGAAGUCGGCGGUGGUGGUGGUGGAGGUGGAGGUGGCGGCGGCGGCGAUGGCGAUGGUGGCGGUGGUGAUAACAGACUAUUGGAUGCUGCUGCUAGAAAUAUUCCCAAUGUACAGGCGAACAAUCCGCCUGGCGGUGGUAACAACGCUUUUGGCGGUUCCAGUUUCGGUGGCGGUAGAGAUUUUGACGGAGGUUUUAGUAGAGGAGACGGCGAUCGUGUUUCUGGUGGCAGCGGCGGUGGGUUCUCUGGAAAUCAAAGCCAAAGCUGUAGCGACAACCGACAGAAAUCCAACGGUGGCGGCAGUGGUGAUAACAGACUAUUGGAUGCUGCUGCUAGAAAUAUUCCCAAUGUACAGGCGAACAAUCCGCCUGGCGGUGGUAACAACGCUUUUGGCGGUUCCAGUUUCGGUGGCGGUAGAGAUUUUGACGGAGCUUUUA